AUGGCAUUGUCACACGAAAUAAAAGUGGAUGGAGUCCGUGCUGUUCUGCUAGCAUUACCGAAGACCAUUAAAAAUGUCUUCGUUGUUUUUACUGUGCCCGAGGACCGUGUGGACAAUUACAAAUUGCCCCAAAAGGCUCCGGCAGAUGAGGACCUUACCUUUGGCACAUACAAGUACACGGUCCAGCAAUUUCGGCUCGUAUUCUCUAAUCGCGACCUUUUGUCGAUUGCCGUUCCGUACACUGCAGCCCUUUAG